AUGAAACUCGGGCCCAUCUCGUUUCUCGACUGCAUCGUCUUCUGCGUCUUCCUGGCGCCGCAGCUGCUGGUCCACGUUGGCCUGUUUGAAACCGUGGGGGUGGUGCUACAGUGUCUUCCGUUUCUGCUGUUCCAACUUCCCUUGGGCUUCAUCAACGAACGCUUCUUCGUUUCUCGCAAGAAGCAGAGUGCGUUCGUGCAGAUCGCGUCACCGUUCGAGGACUUUGUGAUUCGCUGCGUACGGUAUGCGUUUGCAAAUCUGCCGCCCAAGGUGGGGAGGGUCUUCUUCUCGAAGCCCGUGGCAUUGCCGUUUCUGAGGUUCCGGAUGUUGCGGCACGGGUUCCUCAAGUCGCCAGUGCAUUGGCACGAGUACACCAACAGACGAUUCAAGGGAGUGUGGAUUAUCAAGGAUCCAAUGAAGAAGCCAGAUGUCUGCAUCUACUAUGCCCAUGGCGGCGGCUUCAGCAUGGGAUCAUCCUAUUUCUACCUCGAGUUUCUCUUGACUUGGUUGGGCAUGCUUGGUGACCGUGGUUACCAGAACCCUGCCAUAUUCGCCUUGGAAUACACACUGGUGCCGGACGGCGCAUUCCCUACGCAGCUCCAGGAGGCCAUUGCCGGUUACAACCAUGUGAUUUCGACGGUGGGCGAUGCAUCCAAGAUCUGUGUGAGCGGGGACAGUGCAGGGGCAACCAUCAUGCUGAGUCUAUUGCUGCACCUGGCAAAUCUGGCGUUCGACUCUGGCAAGAUGGAUGGAACGGGUGCCUGGCGACUGGAGAAGCCUGGGAUGGCUGCCUUCAUCUCGCCUUGGGUCACACUCAUAUCGGAAAGGCAUCAGAACACGGCGAGUGAUUACCUCGACGAAGGAAGCCUGCAUCUCUACGCACGUGAGUAUGCCGGUGAGCAGGUCGAAACAAACGACCCGCUGGUAUCGCCGGGGAACUGCAGAGAUGCGAAGUGGUGGACAAAGGCUUGUCCAGCGGGCGGUAUGUACUUUGCAUACGGCGCCGAGGAGGUGUUUGCGCCCGAGAUAGAAGGCUUGGUGGCGUUUCUGAAGAAGAACGACAUUCAAGUCAGCAGUCGAGAAGAGGCAGGGGGGAUUCACGCAUGGCCAGUGGCUUCUUUAUUUCUCAGCAGCUCAAUCGAGGAUAGACAGAAGGGCCUAAAGAGUAUAGUGCAGCACAUCGGAGAAACGCUACCAAUCUCAUAG